UUAAGGUAAAAAUCUAUGCUUGAUGUCUUUGUAGAACUUUAAUAUCUAAUUUUAAUAGUUUUUAGUAGAAAAUAAUUUAAUAGAAAAAACCUGACGUUAUCUCACCAGCUGAGACUAAUUUAAGGCUAAUCUCCCAAAGCUGGGACAAUUCGCCCGUUUCCAAAUUCACUAGAGUUGUUAAUAAUAUGGUAAAACACUGAUGGUCAGGAUGCUCUCACUUUAAUACUUAACAUUGCAUAAUACGUUUACUUUAUUUCUAUUUCUUACAUUCCAAAAGUUUACUAGACGAACGGUUUUAAAAAAUUGAUGCAACAAUACCGGACCUGAUUCUUUCCAAUUCUUAUCACUGGCCCACCCAUAAUUUUUAAACGAACCAAAAAAACCAACAGAAAUCGCAAAUGUGGGUUUAUUUAUGGAAUUCAGGAAUUUAAAGUUCCUACCCAAAUCCAAAUUCGCGUAAACGGCAUCUUGAAUCCGUUUCGGCAUCACGACAUAGCAAUAUGAUCUCUGGGAACGAGGCUGGUCUAAAUAUUGUUAUCGUACUCAAACUGACUUCUAGUACCUGUUGUCUCUUUCUCUAUCGAUGUGACGAUACAAACAUUGUCUCGCCGACCCAAUAUGAAACAGAUAACAGACGAUGGGAACGAGGUUGUAUCAGAGGACUAAAAAUGUGUUGUCCUUUCAUUAGCAUAAUUAACAAUUUUUCGCUUGCAAACAUAGAGAAACCGUUCCUGCUCGCAAAUGAUUUAGGUGACGUAUCAUUGGACAUUAAUUAUUUUGCGUGCAAAAUUUCAGUAUUUAAACAUCAAAGCCGUAAUUUGCGAAUGCUUGGUUUAAAUACGAAAAUAUUUGGCCAGACAUUUCUAUGUUGUUGCUGUUCUGCAAUUUACAAUGCAGAUUCAUCAACCUAGUUUAGCACCGUGUCGCCUAAUUAGUUGAAUGUUCUACAGGAAUUUAACUUUGUAGAAGGCUAAUCUUGAAAAUUUAGGCAGAAACUAAAGUUCGCUUAUUUUUGCAAAACUUCCCACUAUUGUGAUUAAAGAAUCACUGUUAAAAAAAAAAUUUACAGGACCACUUGAAAGAUACGUUGGUCAAGUAUACUUCACACUCUUUUUAAAGCCAAACCUGUAUAACACAGUCACUCUGGGGGCUUAAAGAAGAGGGGUCUAAGGAGGGGUCAUCUUCAGCAGGGUUAUCCUAAGAAGGGGUCAUCUUAGGCGGGGGUGAUCUUAUGCAGGGGUCACCUUAAGCAGGGGUGGUUUUAAAACGCCCCUGUAAGACAGUCAGCUUCUGACCUGGCCGUGUCGGAUCGCUGUGAUCUCUACGUUAUGUAAACUGCAAUGUGGAUUCAAAUACUUUACUAAGCAUUCGUGUUGCGGUAGAGAAGUGGGGG